AUGAUAAUUGAUGCGUAUAUCCUCUUCUUCAUCUCUGCCCCAUGAGAAGGCAUUUUCACCAAUAUUUGUUCCUCUUAUCUCCAAUAAUUUUUCUACCCUUACUAGAUCAUCUCUUUUUUGUCACCUUGUCGGUUUCAUUUAUCUUCAUCAUCAAGGUUUUACCUCAAUGAGUUGAAUGUGUUUGAUCGCAAUACAAGAUAAAGAUGUUGCAUAGGGCAGCAACCAAUGCUUAUUCAUGGUGGUGGGCAAGCCACAUUAGGACAAAACAAUCCAAAUGGCUGGAACAAAGCCUCCAAGAUAUGGAGGAGGUGGUGGCCAAGACGCUCAACAUCAUCAAUAACAACGGGGACUCGUUUGCAGAGAGGGCAGAAAUGUACUACAGGAAGAGGCCAGAGCUAGUGACUUUUGUGGAAGAAGCAUUUCGAACAUUUAGAGCAUUAGCUGAAAGAUAUGAUCAUCUAUCAAAGGAGCUUCAAAGUGCAAACCGCACCAUUGGCAGUAUCUUCCCAGAACAAGUCAAAUAUAGAAUAGAUGAAUAUGAUGAUGAAGAAAGUGUUCCUGGACCAAAUUCAUCAUCUCCAUACCUAGGGAUGGACCCAGAUCCCAACAAUCAAAUACAAACACCAGGUAUCCCAAAAGCUCCAGAAGUCCCAAAGAAGGAUUUUAGAGGUCCAGCCAUGUUACUCUCCAAGAAGGGACCACUAAAGAAGAAUUUCAGUUCUGAAAAAUCUGUUUCAACAACUCCUAGCUCAGGACUGAGUAAGGUUGAAGCACUAGCAGAAGUAGACAAGCUUCAGAAAGAAAUUUUGACACUACAGACUGAGAAAGAGUUUGUUAGGAGCUUGUAUGAGAAUUCCUAUGAGAAGUACUGGAAAAUUGAAGACCAGAUUACAGAAAUGCAAAAAAGAGUUUGCACCUUAGAAGAUGAGUUUUGCAUUAGUACUGUCAUAGAGGAUAAUGAAGCAAGAGUUUUGAUGGCAACCACAGCAAUUAAUUCAUGCAAAGAAACCUUGGCUAAGUUGCAAGAAGUGCAAGCAGAAUCAUCUGAAGAAGCUAAAGCAGCAUAUGAAAGGGUAAAGGAAGCUCAUGACAAGUUUGAAGCCCUUAGAGACCAGUUCCUUUCCAAGCAUGCGGGUCUGCAAGACCGAGAAACAGGACCACAACGUGAAGAGGAAGAGAUAGCUAGCUUGGAAGAAGAGAUGCAGGAUCAUGACAUGGUGCUUUUGCGAGAGAGGAUUAAGGAAAAGCUUGAGGAAGAUUCAGGUAACUCCCUCGGUAUGACAGAAAUGGCCGAGAGGAUUGAUGAUCUUGUGAGUAAGGUUGUGACUUUGGAAACUGCGGUCACUUCUCAGACUGGUUUGGUAAAGAGGCUGAGAUCAGAAGCAGAUGAACUUCAGACGAAUUUACAAAGCUUGGAAGAGGACAAGGAAAUGUUGAUAGAAGAUUCAGAAAUAACCAACAAGAAGCUAAAGGAAUUGGAGGAGGAGUUGACAAGAGUUAAAAUUAUUGAUCGGAGUGUCAAAAGGCAAGACAACAACCUCCAAACACAUUUCACUGAAGCUGAUUGUAAUCUUGAGCAUCUUUCAGGAAGAUUGAAGAAUGUGAAGCUAGAUGAAGAGGGGGAGAAUAAUGUACUUUACAACAAAAGUCCAGAUGAAAAACUUAGAGAGGAGGAGUCUGAAAAAUCUAGUGAUAAAUUGUCUACUGAUAAUUUAGUAACCAUAAAUGAUGUCAAGACAGAAAAGGAGGAGAAGGAAGAUUAUGAUGUAAAUCUUGGUGAUGUCAGAAAUGAAGACGACAACACCAGUUUGAAGGAAAAUAUUGAUUUUGGGACUGAAGGAGUUCUUGAGCUAACACAACAAGAUAAGGGUGAUUUGUCUGAGACAUUGAGUAUUCUUGACACUGAAUCACUUAAUCUGGGGACUGCCGAGGAAAAAGAUCAACCUAACUUGAGGAAGAUGCUUGAAAGUGGAUUAGAUGACAGAGAAAAGAUUCCAUUGAAUGAGUACAAUUCAGUUUUAGAGAACUAUAAGGAUGCAAAGGUGAAGCUCAAUGAUGUGGAGAAGAAAAAUCGAAAUAGCAUUUUUGAGUUAGCACUUCAGGUAAGAGAAUUGAAGGAUGUUGUUACCACUAAGGAUAAAGAGAUAAACAUUUUACAACAGAAGUUAAGAUGUUCAGAAACAAAUCCAGAUGAAAGUCCUAGAACCAUUCUCACAGAAUAUAGAUAUACACCACAAGAAGCGCUUCUUCGAAACGCAGCUCAAGGCCUUGAAAUUCCAUCUUCAAACAUAGAUACAAGCAUAGUUAGUACUUCUUUAGCUGAGCAACACCAGCAUAUAAACCGGGUUGAAAAGCAUCAUUCCCUUUCAACCAUGGAAAAGAAAUUUCGAUCAGACAUUGAUGAUUUGAUGGAGGAAAACUUAGAGUUCUGGUUGAGAUUUAGCACCUCAGUUCAUCAGAUUCGAAAGUUCCAAAAUUCCAUACAAGACUUGAAAGAUGAUCUAAGGAAAAUAAAGGAAGAAAGUAGGUCUGAAGGGAACUCAAAUUCUACACAGCAAUCAGUAAUAAAGGCAAUAUAUGGACACCUGAGAGAGAGCAGAACUGAGUUAUCAGUGUGGCUAGAACAUAGUGAAAUAUUGCAGGAGGAGUUGCAUGGUAGGUAUCCAUCAUUGUGUAACAUACAAGAUGAAAUAGCACGAGCAGCAAAUCCAGAUUCUACAUUAGAAAAAACAGGACUAAGUGAUUAUCAGGCUGCAAAGUUUCAAGGUGAGGUUCUCAAUUUGAAGCAGGAGAGCAACAAGAUUUCCAGUGAAUUGCAAGCAAGUCUCAGAUUUGUGAAGGGACUUAAAAAUGAAGUUGAGAAGAUCCUGGAAGAACUGAGUCCAGCAAUUGGAAUUCGCAGUCACCAGGACAGCCAGGACCACAUGAAACACUCCUCAAGUCGUGCUAGAAUACCAUUGAAGUCUUUUUUGUUUGGAAUCAAGUUAAAGAAGCAAAGGCAAUCGGCCAUGUCACAUACUAGUACAAAGCUAGAGAAACAAGAUAGUGAUAUAGCAGCAGCUAAAAACGCCCCAUUAUAGACCAAGUUUUAUUUUCUUUUUAAGUACUUAGACAACUCUACCAAGUUUCAUUUGUAUUUUUUCCUUAAGAUUUGAUCUAUUUGAAAUGGUAGAACUAUUUUGAGAUAC